AUGACAAAUCAUGCUGGCACACGCCAUGACAAAAUGGCUAGUGCAGUUGCCUCUCCAUCAGACAGUGACGGAUCGAUCUUCGCCGACGACCACGUUGUUCGCGAGCGCAGUAGCAGUAUCAUACAAUUAAAAACAUUUACGCCGCAACCGCUCGGCCGCGCAAGUGCAAUCGCUCUCAUUAUUGUUUUGCUUUGUCUAAUGCUUCCGCGUGAACAAGCGAGAACUCACCAACAUGGAUACACCAGACGCAACGUAGAACUCAUUUGUACGUCACAUAACAAAUGCGCUUUUGAAUUUUACCAGGAAAUUCUGUUUAACCAGGUUAAUCACAUGACAUCCAUCAACAUGCAUGCUAACGAUACAAUAGGCUCCAUAUCCGUAGAAAGGCUACCGGUAGAGUUUCGCUGUUCUAACCGUACGUUGUUUUACACCAGAGACACAGACUACACGGUUUUCAGUGCAACCCGGCGUGCUCAAAUGGGUUCAUGUACUCGCAAUACUUCAAGCAGCGAAAUAGCUGAGCUGGCGAACGCCUCGCAAUACCCCGGUUAUUCCGGUUGUGAGCCAUCAUACGGCGGACUCCUACGUGGAUGCCUCUUACUUCUCCCAGCAUGUUCGUUCUAUCGCGUCGCACACGUGCCAAAGGACAGUGUUGUGUAUGAAGUCGCGAAAUGUAUGGAAUGGAAACCGUCAAUACGAUCGAAAGUAAGCACUUUACAACAAAAAUACCCACAAAACACUCGUCUUACUACCACAUAUGACAAAAACAGGCGACACCUCAAUAACGGUAAUAUCGUUCAUGAAACCAUCAUGCGCUCUAUUGAAAAGCACCUUUGCAAUCACAAAAAAUGA